CCCCGAGAUCCAGAGAGCGAAGCUACGGACCCCAAAAACCUCAGAGGUAAAAUUUAUUAGCAUCGUCGUUCGUCUCCUUCCAAACCCUAGAAAAGUACGACUUUCUUCUUUUAGAACUCUCUCGAACUUUCUCUGAUCUACCAUCUCUUUCCUUCCACUCCCUUCCCUUCCGUCCUUUUUCUCCCUCUCUUGGUUUCGCUGCUCAAUUUCUUCUCCUUUCCCCUUUUCUUUGUUUUAAAAUUUGCGCGGUUUUGAUUUUUGUUUGGAUUUGGUAAUUUUUUACUGGUAGAAAAGCGUGAGGAGUGAGUUGAGUAGAAGAAGAGAAAAGGAACUUCGAAAUUUUGUGCUUUGCUUUCCCGUGAUCUGAAAAAAGUUACACGGCGAACUUGCGAUUUCAUGUUUGAGCUGAUGAUGAUACAUAUUUCAUGAAUCAUUAACUCAUGGAUCCUGAAGGCAAGAAAUUUGGAGGAGGACCGAGGGAACUUAGCGGUGCUGUUGAUCUUAUAAGUCACUAUAAGUUAUUGCCUCACCAUGACUUCUUCUGCAAGAGACCUCUUCCAGUAUCAAUCUCAGAUACACAUUAUCUUCAUAAUGUGGUGGGAGAUACUGAAAUUAGAAAAGGAGAAGGGAUGCAGCUGGACCAGCUUAUUCAGAAUACAUCUCAUAACAGAGACUCUAAUGUCCGUAUACAGCCUUUUGACCUUGAUAUUCUUAAGGAGGCUUUCCAGCUGAGUGAAACCACUCCUGUUGAAUUGUCAGUGAGUGAAAAAGGGAUUCCUACUAUUGCUGGGAAGUCAAAGAGUGAAGCUAAAGAUAAAGACAGGAAGCAUAAAAAGCACAAGGACCGAGAUAAGGACAAGGAUAAAGAGCAUAAGAAGCACAAGCACCGUCAUAAAGAUAAAGAUCGAAGUAAAGAUAAAGACAAGGAAAAAAAGAAGGAUAGAAGUGGGCAUCAUGAUUCUGGUGCUGAUCACUCAAAAAAGCACCAUGAAAAGAAAAGGAAGCAUGAUGGAGAUGAAGAUCUUAGUGAUGUUCACAGACACAAAAAAAGUAAGCAUAAAAGCUCAAAAAUUGAUGAAGUUGGUGCAAUUAAAGUAGCAGGCUGAAAGGGUGGCUCUCUAGUUCAUAUUGUCUCAGAUGGUUUUCAGAGUAUGGGAGGGUUUGCUUAAUGCUCUCUACAUUGGUUGAGGUGAAUGUCGUAUCUCGCUGUUUCAUUUAUUUCUUAUUGUAUUACUCUUGAUACUCAAUAUUAUCCAGUUAUUCACUGCUAAUCAAUUAUCAAAAUCCAAAAAUUUACUGGAACUUUUAUAUGAAUAUGCCCCAGAUAUACAAUAAUUCUCUUCGCCUCCAUAUAACUUUAUGUGCUUUAUCCUUCUACUUUCAACUCAGGCAAUCAAGGUACAACAAAGACAUAAUUAUGAACACUAAAUAUAACAUUGCAUAAAUGGUGGAUUAGAACUUGGAUGUUUGCUGCAAAUGUUCUUAUUACAGUUUUUUAAAUUGUCUAAAGUAGAACAUGGAGAAUCUCAUACAUAUAGCCUAGCAACUGGCUUUUAUAAGAUCUAUUGUUUUCUACUUUUUAUCGGUAAAACUAUAUUGCAAGGGUAGUGAUGUAGAGAAUCUACUGAGUUUUGUGGAUGUUGCCAGACAAAUCCUGUGGCUGAAAAGGUUGUGGAAUGGCAUAGUUUAACUUCUGUUUAGAAGUGGUUACAUAUUUAAUUAUUUACACAUUCAAGUAUUUACAGUUCUAGUUUUGGGGCCCAAGAUUCCAAUGAGGAGAAAGAUAGUGUAGUAGUAAAAGAAUUAUUUGCUUCCUACUCUUGACCUGAUAUUAAAACGUGGCCUACACUCUGAACGAGGUUGAAUUUGGAUCCUUUUCCCACUGUUCAUUAUGUGACCUGUUAUUAUUUUUUCUUUAAGGCAGACUCUUCCUUUUUGUUAUAUUUGUUAUCAUCACAGGGCUCAGGUGUGGAGAUGGGGUUGGGGAAGGGUGUUAAAAUGGCAGAUAGGUUUUAAAGGUUCUAACUUAACACACUCUCUGUUUGUCUUUUGUGCAGAGUAACUUGUAAACUGAGUUAAGAAUGUGUAGAAGGUGAAUUCAUCCAUUGAUGGAUAUCUAAUGCAGGGUAUAGGGCUGCUGAAAAUGGACUUUUUUGUAUCAUAAACAUUGUUGGUAACAUGCAAAACUUUGAUUUUCUUUCGUCCUUUUUCUAAUUUUGUAGCUGUGCUUGUCGUGUACACAUAAUUUUGUCUGGUUAAAAGUCUAAAACGCCUAGUCCUGAAAUGAAAUACUAUCAGUUUGAUUUA